UUGAAGUGCCCACACAUCUGGAUAUAACCACCUUGUCGUCUUGUGAUAAAACCAGCCACACAUCUAGAUUUGACCAGCUGACCUCAAAAUGUUCUGGCUAACUGACGCCCCAUUGAGCUGGCUCCUGCUAGCGCUGGGCACCGUUUUGUUCCUGUACCUCAACAAACCGAUGGCCCGUGGGUUGCCGCCCUCCCCAGGGCUGUGGCUCCCUGUGGUCGGGCACCUGUACUUGAUGGAGAAAAACCCAAGGCAGCAGUAUUUGAGCUGGCAUAAAAGGCUAGGCCCUGUAGUCUCUAUAUACCUCGGCAACAGACUUGCCAUCAUGCUGUUUGGUUAUGAUACCAUUCAAGAAGCUUUUGUCAAGCAGAAGAACAUUUUCUCAGAGAGACCAGAUACUUACGUCACUAGGCAGCUCAGCAGAGAUAAGGGGUUCGUAGCCUGUGGUCAUCAGUGGAAGGUCCAGAAGAAAGCUUCUCUCGAGAUCCUUCGCCGUCUGGGCGCACAGAGCGGUGGAUUAGAAGAGAUAAUCCAGGUCGGGAUAUCUCACUUUAUCGAUGAGGUCACACAGCUGAAAGGUCAAGCGUUCGACCCCCGGCCACUUUUGAUGACCAGCGUGUCAAAUGUGGUGACAGCCAUAGCCUUUGGUCGGGAGUUCAGACACGACGACGCCGAAACAGCCGAGUGUGCACGAGUGCUGGGCGAGGAGAUCGUCCACCAUGAUGGGAUGGCUGCUCUAAACUUCCUUCCUUGUCUGCGUUAUUUACCCUGGGAUUUGUUUGGUUUGCAGAAGGUGAAACGUUUAUCGGAGCGGUUGGAGGAGAACUUGGUUAGGAAACAGAUCCAGCUGUGUGAUGACAACCACAGUUUCGUUUCGGAAUACAAGAAAAAAAUGGAUCCAAACAAAAAUACUGAAAUUUGUGAAGAAAACCUGGUGGGUGUGGUCAACAACCUGUUUGCCGCGGGGACGGAGACAGUGACGACGACGCUGUGCUGGAGCCUGCUGUACCUGCUGCACAACCCUGCCUGUCUGGAGCGGUGCUGUGAGGAGGUCAGAGGUCACCUGGGGUUACAGCGUAGGGUCGAGUUUAAAGACCGGAAAACGCUGUUGUUCACCGCGGCGACCGUCAUGGAGGUCCAGCGUAUAGCUUGUAUCUCACCGCUCAGUAUCUUCCACACAGCAUCUUCCGAUACCGAGUUCAGAGGCUGGAAGAUACCAAAAGGCUGCAUCAUCCUGCCUAACCUGGACUCCGUCAUGCUCUCAGAAGAUGUGUGGCAGGAUCCACACCAAUUCAGGCCAGAGAGAUUUUUACAGGAAGGAAAACUCAUCAAAAAGGACGAGUUUAUUCCAUUCAGUAUAGGUAGCAGAAGUUGCCUCGGAGAAAAUAUAGCAACGAUGGAGCUGUUUCUCUUCAUCACAACAAUACUCCAAAAGUUUAACAUUGUCGCUAAAGAUGCUCAUCACUUACCUCCCCUAGAAGGGAGAUUCGGACUGUCUUGCUCCCCUUUUCCGUACGAGAUUAUCCUGGAGCCGAUUGCCGAACUUUGUUGACCUUUUUUUUUUUAUAUCAUUAUCAUCUUGUUGUCUGUUAAAUUAUAUUGCUACUUUCUCUUUCUUAUUGUUAUUCUUAGCCUCGGAUGUACGUGGGUAGUCUUUCACUAUUAAGAUUUUUUUCUUUACGUAAUUUCACGAACUUUGUGAUAAUUUAAAAUACAUUAUGGGCCUUAAUAUUGUGAUACCGGUGGUGUGCAUAUUAUUAUAUAAUAUAUUUUUGUUGUAUUAAUUAAAAUUAACUCAU